CCCAAUGUGAAUACUUCUAGCAUCCAUGUGAAUCCUAAAUUUUUAAAUAAAUUGCCUGAAGAGCCUCCUACACCUACUACGGUGGUCAGUUCCCCUGGUAUCUCCACGCCUCCAAUUGUCCCUGAUAUCCAAAAGAAUUUGACUCAAGAGCAACUGAUAAGGCAACAGCUGCUGGCAAAGCAAAAACAGUUGUUAGAACUUCAACAGAAAAAAUUGGAGCUGGAGCUGGAACAAACUAAGGCACAAUUGGCAGUUUCUCUUAGUGUUCAGCAAGAGGCAUCUAACAUAGUUCCUGGAUCAGCACCUUCCAAAUUACUUGUUUCACAAAUUCCACCUAUGGCAGUUAAAGCUUCUCAUCAGGUUUCUGUACAGCCUGAAAAGAGUCGUCCUUCCUCCUCUUCACAGCUCCAGGAUAUGAAAGUAACAAAUAGAGAUCCUCGUCUUAAUCGGAUUAGCCAACAUUUUUCUCAUGGUAAAGAGCAAAGUCACAGGAAAGACUUUCUAGUAAAUGCAAUGAAUCAGUCUGAUAUCAAGGCAAAUAAAUCUAUGCCUGCUGAUAAACAAAACUCAUCAAAGCAAGAAAAAAGUAAAUCAAGUGAAAAAAUCACAAAGAAAGAACUUGACCAAUUAGAUACUAAAUCCAAAUCUAAAUCUCCUUCACCUUUGAAAAACAAAUUUUCUCACACAAAAGAUAUAAAAAAUCAGGAACCUGAAAGUGGUCGAGGGGUCCCUGAAAUGAGCAAGAGAGAUCCCCCAUUAAAAAAACACCUCCAGGAUAAACCUGAUAGCAAAGAUGAUGACUUAAAAGAGAACAGAAAAUCUUCAGAAAAAAAAGAUAAAGAGGAGCAUGUGAAGUCAUCUGAACACAGACUCACUGGAGGUAGAAAUAAAAUUAUAAAUGGUAUUGUACAGAAACAAGAUGCUGGUACUGAAGAAUCAGAAAAACAGGGGACAAAAACAGGAAGAUUAAGUACUAGAAAAAGAUCUCGAUCACGAUCUCCGAAGUCUCGGUCACCAAUCACGCAUUCUCCAAAAAGGAGAGAUAGGCGCUCACCUAAACGAAGGCAAAGGAGCAUUUCUCCUUCUCCUUCUACACCUAAAACUGGAAAGCUACGCCAAUCAGGAGUUAGGCAGUCACAUGUAGAAGGAUUUGCACAAGCUUCUCGUGAUGAAAGAAGUUCUAAUAAAAGAAGUACUAAGCAGGACACCCGGCAUCCCAGGCGAGUAAAAAAGACUCAGGAAGAGAGACCACAAGAAACUCUAAAUCAGCAUUCUACAAAAUCAGGAUCUGAACCAAAGGAAAAUGUAGAAAAUUGGCAAAGCUCUAAGUCUACAAAAAGAUGGAAAUCUGGUUGGGAGGAAAAUAAAAGUUUACAGCAGGGUGAAGAGCAUCAAGGACUUGGUAAAUCACCUCAUCUAAGGCAUAGAGAGAGUUGGGGAAGUGCUAAAGGAAUUUUAUCAUCCCGAGCCCCCAAACAACAACAUCGAUUAAGUGUAGAUGCCAAUCUUCAGAUUCCUAAAGAAUUAACUUCUGCAAGCAAGAGAGAAUUACUUAAAAAGGCAAAUGAUAGUUUAACAUCUGGUGAAAUUACACAGGAUGAAUUCCUUGUUGUUGUUCAUCAGAUUCGUCAGCUCUUUCAGUAUCAAGAAGGAAAACAUAGCUGCAAUGUAUGGGAUAGUCCUACAGAAGAAAAUAAAGGUGGAUUGAAAAAGAAACCUCUCUUAUCUGAUGCUGAAUUAACAUAUUAUGAGCAUAAAGCUAAACUCAAAAGGACACAGGUUCAGCAUUCAUUUCCAAGACUUGAUCUCUUAGAUAUAUUUGAUUACCAUUUGACUGAUGCUUUGUUGUCUGGAAUAGAAUGUGAACCAUCCAAAAGUAAACAUACAGGUAGGAGUAGUGGAGCACAGUUUGACAGAAAAGAACAAUUUAGUGAAAGAUCAAGGCGUCUUUCUCCAAUAUCUGGAAGCCGUACUUAUGCGGAGACUUCCCCCCAUGAUAGUCGAAGAAGGCAUGAAGAACAAGUUUCUGCCAAAGGUGUCCGAGAAGAGCAAAGGUCUCCAUUCAGUGAGUGUUUUGCACUUAAGAGACCUAGAUAUGAAGAUUCAGAUAAAACAUUUGCAGACAGCCCAGCAUCAAGAUAUUCAAGCCUCGAUACAACAAAUCAGAGACUCACAGCAUUAGCUGAAGAUAGACCAUUAUUUGAUGGACCUUCUAGAACAUCUGUAGCAAGGGGGGAUGGCCCAACUAAAAUGAUUUUUGAAGGACCUAAUAAGCCAAACCCUAGAAUUGAUGGACCUCCAACACCAGCUUCUCUUCGGUUUGAAGGGUCACCAGGACAAAGAGUGGGCGGGGGGACCCAAAGUGAUUCAAAUAAGCGUUCGCACCUACGAGAUUCACUGUAA